GUUCACCGACAGGCCUCUCGGGAGGGACUCGGGAAGGUCCCGCGCUGUCGGCGCGUCUCCCAGGGCAGCAGCUGGGCCUGAGUCCUCCCCGGUGCCCAGCCCUGCCGGCAGCUCGAAGGGUGGCAAGCCCUGGCCCCGCUUUAAGGAGCAGCAGCAUCUGGAGGCAUUUGGAAAGAACCGAAGAAACUUCCAUCCACCCAUCCAUCCUGCCUUUCAUACGUUCAUUUGUUUAUCAUUUAUUGACUCAACAAAUUCUCCCUGGCGCCACCUCUGUGCCCAUUCCCAUACUGGUGACCCUGCUGGAGACAAGAGACCAAGGAACCAGGCUUCCAGCCCUAAAAAGAUCGACUGAGAGUGCCGAGAGCUGGACUCAGGACCAGAAGAAACAUGAGCAAUCCUCAGCCUUUAAAGGAGGAAAGGUAUGACAUGUCAGGCGCCCGUCUGGCCCUGACACUGUGUGUUACCAAAGCCCGGGAAGGUUCAGAGGAAGACCUGGCAGCCCUGAAACGGAUGUUCCAUCAGCUGAAAUUUGAAAGCACCGUCAAGAAAGAUCCCACCGCCGAGCAAUUCCAGGAAGAACUGGAUAAAUUCCAGCGGGACAUGGAUGCCCGGGAGGACUUCAUCAGCUGCGCCUUCGUGGUGCUCAUGGCGCAUGGCCAAGAAGGGCUCCUCAAGGGGGAGGAUGGGAAGAUGGUGAAGCUGGAGAACCUCUUCAAUGUUCUGAACAACAAGAACUGCCGGGCCCUGAGGGCAAAGCCUAAGGUGUACAUCGUGCAGGCCUGUCGAGGAGAAAGAAAGGACUCCGGUGAGGUCGUAGGUGGAGACAGUAUUGCGAUGAUUAAAGACAAAACCCAAACCAUCCCCACGUACACGGACACCCUCCACGUCUACUCCACCGUUGAAGGGUACCUCGCCUACAGGAGUGAGGAGAAGGGCUCCUGCUUCAUCCAGACCCUGGUUAAAGUGCUCACAGAGAAGAAGGGAUCCAUCCUGGAGCUUCUGACGGAGGUGACCCGGUUGAUGGCGGAGGCUGAGGUGAUUCAGGAAGGAAAAGCAAGGAAGGUGAACCCCGAAAUCGAAAGCACCCUGCGGAAACAGCUCUAUCUGCAGUAGAAGCAGAUGCCUCACAGAUAUGUAGAGGGAGCUCUCCCCGCUCCCCAAAAUCUUCUCUUCCCAAGGUCAAAUGGCACCCAGCCCCUCCUUUAUCAUACCCCUUCUGCUGGUCCUCCUCCAAUCCACCCGUGUCCCUAGAGCAAGACAGCUGACACUGAGCGUGGGGCACAGCGGUACCAUUAAGAACAGGCUGGCAUCUCUGCCUCUGUGAAUGUGACCUGCGGACACGUUCCCCUACCCGGGCUUCUGCUCCUGGUCUCGGCUGAAACCGAAGGGCUUCUUUGUCCCACGAAUCACACCCGCACAAAUGCACCUGGACAAAGCUCGAGAUUCCCACUGACCAGCCGAUGCCAACCCACCACUGCCCCGUCCUGAUCACACCUUUCCUGGCUCCGAAUCUCACAUGGAGUCAAAAACCUCCUCCUGAGAACCUCACCUGUUCCAUCUCCUAGAGAUUUCCUCUCGUCUCCCUCCUUUUCCUUGGCUUAGCAAGCUCGUGCCUUGACACCAUUUUCUUCCUAACUCAUGGGCUCCCUCUGGCUAAUAGAGCUACUUCCUCCUUUUCUGCAAUCUGUCCCUCCUAACGAAUGCCCCCCACCACCACCACAAGCCCUGAACUCUGACCUUUCCAAGAAAAUCCAUCUAUUCAUCCAUUUCAUGGCUUCAAAUUUCAAUCGCUCUGAAUCAGACUGUCUUGGAGCUAUGACAAAUCCCCUGGGGUCACUCUGUUAUUUUUCAGACAGCAUGAUAGAAGCCCAGAGAGGUUAAAUGGCUCGUCAAAUGCCACACAGUAAAUCAGUGUGAGGGCCAAGGUCUGGCUUCCAGCCUACCCCGCUUGCCAUUGCCUGCCUGUUAGGCCUUGAACCAUCAGAAAACUUUUCUAGUUAGACGAAAUGCAUAAAAAAAUGUUCUCCCUGCCUGGAGGUAGGAGGUCCUGGGAAGACUUCUAAAAAUCCUUGAUAACCAGGAGUCAAGGUUACCUCCAUGGGAUUCCGGUGCUUGGCUAGAACCGGGAGCAGAGGCACUGCCUUCCAGGUGGGUGAUGCAUGUCUCCCCAUCUCCAGCCCUGACCAUUCCCCCUGAAAUAACCCAUGGGCAUACCCACCAUCAUUGAAAAUUCAUGGCUAAAGAUGAGCAUUUUCUCCCCAGCCCCUGCUCCCAGUGUUCCCCACACCCUCAGCCUCAGAGCCCAGGUGUGGAAUUCUGACUCCCCUCUACGUGCAUCCUUCAUGGGCCACCAUGUGCAGCUCCACCUGAGUCUGAAACAGGUUCUCCUACCUGUCUUUUCUCCCCUUACCUGUCGUACUUGAGGUUCAACCCCUCAUGUCUGCCUCUUGGCACCCGCUUGCUUCCUUGCCUCUCGGCCUGCUCACCUCACCCUUUGUCCGUCCUCUGUACCACCUACAGUUCUUGGUCUUGGAAACCUCAGGAAGACAAAACAGUGCCCCAUUAUUGAAAGACCAAAGCCAACCUCUCACACCCUUACCGUUCCACUUCCUACCAGCAAUCAGUGAACUCAUCUCCCACCUCCCCAGCCAUUAACUCACCCUUCCAGCAAAGCCACUGUCCUCUUACGCAGCCACGCUUCCUGAGCCGUUGCCCCCCCCCCACCAUUUACCCAGUUCUUUCCAGUUGAUGCUGCUCUAUCGCACCCAGGAUGAGACACCGAGGAUCACAGUUUCUUGAAGACGGGGAACAAGUCUUUGAUUAGCUAAUGGGUGUUCAAUAAACAGUUGUCAAACCUUAAAA